ACUGUUAGACUUUUACAGCAAAAUUAAAAAUAAGAAUUCCUUUGGAAACAAAAUUAGAAAUGUUGGAAAGUAAUCCGAAAACGAUGCAUUACACUAGAUUGAGUCAGCCAGUAGUCACUUGGUGUCUGCUUAUGGACGGAAGUACAAGCAGAAAUCACGAAAAUAGUAAUUUGCAUAAAUUUUAUGAAAAUGAGUCUUCAGUGGACAUUGGUUGCCGUAUUUCUUUAUUCUGAAAUAGCCAUUGUAAUUAUCUUGUUAUUGCCUUUCAUUUCACCAUUAAGAUGGCACAGGUUUUUCAAAUCAAGAAUAUGUCAGAGUAUAGCUAAUCAAGCAAAUUUGUAUUUCCUUGUAUUUAUUGGUAUUUUGGUAUUGUUCUUUCUGGAUUCAAUCCGAGAAAUGAGAAAAUAUACAGCUACAAAGGAACAAGCUCAUACUGAAGGUCAUUCACAUUUAGAAGCUGAAAUUCAAGUCAGUAUGAAAUUAUUCAGAUCGCAAAGAAAUUACUACAUUGCAGGAUUUGCAUUAUUUCUUUGGUUAGUUAUUCGUAGACUUGUCACAUUAAUUUCAGCCCAAGCAAACUUAAUAGCUUGCUGUGAAGCUUCAAUGAAACAAGCACAAAGUGCAACAGAGAGAGCAGAAAAGUUAAUGAAAGAAAAUGAAAGAAGAGAAUUAGUAACUACAAGUAAAAAAGAAAGUGCAGAUAAUGAAGGAAAUUUACAGUUAGAAGAACAAGAGAAAGAGAUAUGUAAUUUAAAAGAAGAAUUGAAAAAAACUAAAGAUGAACUGAAUUUAGCAAAAAUAGAUUUAGAUGCAAUUAGAGAGCAAUCCAAAGGACUUUCUCGAGAAUACGAUCGUUUACUAGAAGAAUAUAAUGAAACACAGAGUCAAUUGGAGCAGUUAACUGGAAUAAAAGAAGAUAAAAAAGAAAACUGAGUUUGCAACAAAGAAAUUUAAAAUUUUUCUCCAAAGUGCUUGGAAAGUAAUAGUGCUAGAAUUUCUCUGUUUAUGAAUAUUUACAAAAAAUAUUGUAAAAUAUUUUUUAUAAUCUCUUAUCUAAAAAUUGAAAUAAUUUGUUAAAAAUUGUGAGAUAUUUAUUUUUAGUUGUACUUUAUCAGAAUCUGGUAAAAUUUUGUUUAUUGUUUAAAUUGUCAUUUUAAAUCUGCUCUUUAUUUACUUGUUAUUAAGGCGGUUAGUUGUCAUGUCAUUUGAAUGUUGUUUCUUUAAUUUGGUUUUACAAAGACAUGAAGAAUUUUAUUUAUUAUAAGUUGAAUGGAAUGAAACUUGUUUAAUAUACAGGUAGCCCUUGGUUUACGCCGAUUCACAAUAAUGCUGCUGCACAAUUUGCUGUUUCACUGUGUAAUUCCCUGAUUUUUCCUAUGCUAGAUUUGACUAGGUUUUGUCCAGAUUUGACCAAUCCUAGCAAGACACGUGUCCACUACAACAACACGUGUCAUGGUAGAAUUGUGGCUCGUUGGGAUUGGUCAGAUCUAGAUCAAUAGAAAAUGUUCCACAAACCAUUUGAUUUGAAUGAGCUGCAGACCCAACAUAGAGCUACAGAAGAACAAUGAAGAAGAAACACCAAGAGUUAUGAAAACCGCCAAUCUAAAGCGUAUCUUUCAACUGUGGAAAGUUUGACAGAUGAACUUUGUGAGUUAGGCAAUGAUUGGGAGCAUCAUCACAUCCAUUUGACCAUAUUCUGAAAUUCUUAAUGAAAUAAAACAAAAAUGUAAACAAUUAAAGAUGGAUACUUUUUUCCGAAAAAUGUAAGUGAUCCGAAACUAAAAUUUUUUAAUAAAAAUAUUUCACUUUAU